AUGGCAACUUUCUUCAGAUUCAUUCCAUCAGUGAAAUCCCUCUUUGAUUAUGGUGCCAUGGUCUUCAUCCUCACCUUCAGCUUCGUCGCCGUAUCAGGCUAUAGAGUGGAUAAAUUAUUUGACUUUGCGCAUCAAAGAAUAUCCACCAUUAUCAUCGGAACUUCCUUAUGCAUUCUUGUAAUUAUUCUUGUCUGUCCCAUUUGGUGCGGCCAGGAGCUACAUGGAUUGACUGUUCGUAACAUGGACAAACUCGCUGAUUCCCUCAGCGGUUGCGUAACACAUUAUUUCACCAACAUCAAUGGAGAAGAUGAUAAAAGAUUGCAAGCUUACAAGUGCGUGCUAAGCUCCAAGGCAUCAGAAGAUUCUAUGGCAAAUUUUGCUAGGUGGGAGCCUUCCCAUGGGCGGUUCAACUUCCGGCACCCAUGGAAACAAUACCUGAAAAUCGGGGCAUCGAUGCGCAGUUGUGCGUACUGUAUAGAGGCUCUCAACAGUUGCAUCAACAAAGAAAAUAAGGCUGCUGAAUCCAUAAAGAAGCAUCUCAGCGCUAGCUGUUUGGAAGUGAGCUCUAGCUCUUCCAGUGCCAUAAGAGAGUUAUCCGAAAGUUUGAAGAAAAUGAAGUUGCCCACCGUACAUAUGUUUAUUGGAGAAAUGAACAGAGCAGUGGAAGAACUCAAGAAUGACUUAAAAUCGCUUUCUCAAUUGCUGGAUCCGUCGACAACCGGGGAAAACAAAGAAUAUGAGACACCAUUCUUGGAGGCAACUGGUUCAGUCCUUUUCAUGGAAAUCAUACCAGUUGUGACUUUGGCUUCUAUACUAAUCGAAAUUGCGGUGAGGACUGAAGCCCUUGUUGGUUCUGUGGAAGAUCUAGCGAAGUUAGCUAAUUUUGCAACCAUUGAUGACAAGUUCAAGAAAUGUGAUAUGAAAGAUAAAAUUGUACCAGAUGAGGAGAAACCUGAUGGAACCUUGGAGGCUCUUCAAAGGGUCUGAGCACCUAAGUCAUGUUUCUUUGUUUUAGUUUUAAUGAACACAAAGAUAUAGUAAGAAAGAACAAAACUAAAGCAUUGGUGUAAACAGGAUAAACACGUCAACAGGAU